AUGCUGGUGAAGCUUUUGCUGGUCUGUAGCACAGUAGGACUGGCAAAGCUGGUGGAACACGCAGACCAUCAUGGAGAUCGCGAUGGUUCCGUGCACAGCUUAAAGCCACGAGUGCAUGAGAGCUCUGCACACCCCCAGAGAACUCCUCUGCCACACCAAGAAGGUUACUGGGAGGCAGAAGGACUCAGGGAGGAUACUCAAGAUUACCCUUCAAGCGUGAUCUCCUCACAUCAGGAAGAGAGAGGGGAUUUGGAAGCUGCGAGCCCACAGCCCCGAAAUGGGAACUGGUGCUCCUUCACGCAGUCCCGCCUGGUCACAUACAUAGAAGCCUGCAUGAAGGAGAAGUACAUCGUCAACUCCCAACAGCCCUGCCCCAACGGAGCCCCAGACUGCCAGAAGAUCAUGUACAGGACAGCCCUGAAGCCAGUCUACCAAGUGAAACAGAAGACUUUGAAGUCUUUGCAGUGGAAAUGCUGCCCUGGAUUUAUUGGCAAGGACUGUGAACAGCGUGAUCCUAAUUUUAUCCUGGUGCCAGGAACUGAAACUGAAGGACGAGAAGAAGAGUUCUCAAACCACAUGUCAACAUCAGUGGAUUCAAGAGAAAUGUUCGAAGUCAUUCAAAAUCAUGAGGCUUUACUGGAUGAUCUUCAAAGUGAUAUUCAUCAAGCAGCCAGCACCUUAGGUGACUUACAGAGACUAUUUGAGAACAACGGUACAAGCAUGGUGUUAGAAGUGAACGAGAGCAAUUCAGAUCACCAGGAAAGGCUUCUGCAGCAAGUUUUGUUUCCUCAUGUGGAGAAUUUUCUAAGGAAACAUUUUAACCCAAUGUGGGCAAGCUUCAACAAAAGUUUACAGAACCUCUCGAACAUAGUAAGAAAUCUGUCCCAUGAUGUGGAAGCCAACAAGAAAAGCAUAGAAAGAUUCCAAGAAAGCACUGUGCCCAAGAAGGAAUUCCAGGAGCUGGGAACUAAAUUUGAAUCAAAAGUCCAAGAAAACAUAGUGAAAGUUGAUGAGGCAAAAAGAGAUAUAGAGAACAAAGUGCACAUGCAGCAGGCUGAUAUUCACCAUAACCUCAACAUGAUCAAGGCAGAUACUGACACAAGACUCAAGAAGCUUCAUAAGAUACAGCAGUCCCAUUUCUUAGCUUUGAACAACAGCAUAGCAAACAUGAAACAAGAGCAAAACCUUCUGGAAAAUAAACUGGAAGCUUUGAAAAAAAAUUUAACAGAACUCUCUUUACAUCAUGGUCCCAAAGAUGAAAACAGCCAGUUAACCAUCAAACAUAUGAAUGAAAUACUGUCAGGGCAUGCCAAGCAGCUUAAAGAACUUUACAUGGAGUCAGAUGUGGCCUUUCAGAAUAUUGCAGUUUUAGAGAGGUGGUUUAAGGAGUUAAAGAAGAACAUCUCAAAGUAUAGGCCAGAAGAUCUUACAAUAACUUUAGCUGAGAAAUCAGUUAUUAUGGAAGAAACCAAUGCAGCAAUGGAAAGGCAGCUAGCAGAGCUCAACUACACUCUGUCAAACCUUCAGGAAAACUAUUCAGAUCUGCUGCGGUACAUGGAGGAAUGCAAUUGCCAGAGAGUAUCUGCUGACACUGAUGUGCUGGAGGAAGAUCCAAGGAAUAGCACUUAUUCCCUUGAAGAUACCCAGCCAAAGGAUAUGAAGCACUUGGAGUCAGUUUUCAGAGAUUUCUUCAAGAGUGAAAUUGAAGAGCUCUCCUCAGCUAUUCCAUCCAUCCAUCUGUCUCUUAACCUCCGUCAAGAAGAGAACAGACAGCUUCAGUCACAGGUUAUGGCUUUUUCAGAAGACAUGGGCUUGCUGAAGAAGAAAGAUGAAGAAAUUCAUCGACACAUCAAGUAUCUCAAUAGCUCUUUUAGCUCUCUUUUGAAAGAUGCAAUGCGGCACGAAGAAGCACUGGAGGCUCUACUGAGACAUGAAUUUCUGGAUGUCUUUUUUGAAGAUGACUUUAGUAGCCUAAUACCAUCAGUAUUUCAGCUGCAAGAAUCUCUCAGACACUUUUCAGAUAAACUGCAAGAACAAAAUGUGACUUUAGAAUCUCUGAAGAGGAGAUUUCAUCCCUUGGAGAGAGGUCACCAGAAUCAUCAUGAUGCUCACAUGCCUCCUAAGCACCCUGAGGAGGAAACACAAACCUCCUCUACUCUGCACGAAGUCAGCAGCCAAGGCAGCAUCAGAGAACAUAUGGAACCUAACUAUGAGGCUGCCAAAGAUGACUCCUUGGAGAGCUCAGCUUACAAUGAUAUCAUGACUCUGAAGAAUGAUAUCAAACAUCUGAGCCUGGCAGUCAAGAGGCAUGAAUCCAGAGGUGACAUAAGUCUCUGCUGCAAUCAUACAAUAGCAAAUGCAAUUGAGCCACUCAACGUUUCUGUAGAAAGUCUCUCUGCAGAUUUAGCAACCAUCAAGCGGAAUCUGGAGGAACAUCUGGUGACUUUCAAAAAACUAUUUGGAAGUAAUGAAGAAUUAGGUGCCUCAAAUAUAAGUCUGGAUGUUACAAAGAUUCAGUCAAUGCUGCAGAAAAAAGGGAGAAGGCAACAGAAAGGUCAAGACAAGCAAAGAGACAAGAAAAGGUCUGAGAAGCACAGAGAAAAUACACAAACAAUAAGUGGAAGAAAUACAGUGCAGACAGAAUUUGUGGAAAAAGACUCAUUGGUGGCAUUCCACGUGGGAUUCUCAGAAAGAAAGGAUAAAGAAAAAACUGUGAGGUUUAAUGAAACGUACCUCAAUUAUGGAAACAGCUAUUUCUCUGAACAUGGCCACUUUAAAGCACCACACAAAGGUGUCUACCUGUUGUUCAUCUCUGUGGAGUUCAGCUCAGGACCAGCACUGGGCCAACUCUCCUUCAGCCGUGGGUACAAAAGAACUCUCUCAAGCAGUCAGAGGAAAACCCCACAUGGAAACACCAUGACUACUUUUGCUAUAGCAGAAAUGGAGAAGGGGGAGACAGUGUGCUUUGAAUUGCUGCACGGCUCUGUUGUGAAGCGAAGCCCACCUGGGACAACUAUGGGUGGAUUCCUAAUAUCUAAAACUUGAAUAGUGACAUUUAUGUUUUAUUAAUCUCCUUCCAUAGGUGCAAUGGAUGCAUUCACUAUUGCUUCAUCUGUGAUGUAUUCAAUGCUACUGCAUGUGUUUAAACAUAGCACUACCCUAGGUUUGUCUUCA